AUCGCCCUCUCCUGUCAGUAGGAAAAAACCAGGAUGUGAAUGAUGUUGCCAGCUAAGCGGGCAGGAAACGUCUAUUUUUAUUGAUCAACACGGCGGAAUAUCAGCUCACAGUGUUCCGGAGAGAUUCAUGAAAGGCUUUUAUUAGUCUGACACCUGAAAACACACACAAAUAUCUCCCGGUCUCUGUCGGCUGUUGAGAGGAGGGUGGCAGGAUGAGUGGGGCAGCUCUGGGUAUCGAGAUCGUGGUGGUGUUCUUCCUCGCUCUGUUCCUGCUGCACCGGUAUGGAGACUUCAAGAAGCAGCAGCGCAUGGUGCUGUUCGGCACGCUGCUGGCCUGGUACCUGUGCUUCCUCAUCGUCUUCAUUUUACCCCUGGACGUCAGCACGACCAUCUAUAAGCAGUGUAAGAUAGACCAUGAAGGCCACACUGACAAUCACACAGCAGCUAACACAUCUGCCACGCCCACUAAACGUGCACCAACAGUGUGCUACAAGCCGUGGAGCUACAUCCCUGAUGGCAUCAUGCCCGUGUUCUGGAGGGUGGUGUACUGGACGUCUCAGUGCCUCACAUGGCUGCUGCUGCCCUUCAUGCAGUCGUAUGCUCGCUCAGGAGGCUUCUCCAUCACCGGGAAGAUCAAAACUGCCCUGAUAGAGAACGCCAUUUAUUACGGGACCUACCUGCUCAUCUUCGGCUCUCUGCUCAUAUACGUGGCUGUUCAUCCUAAGUGGAACCUCUCCUGGUACGAGCUCCAGACCAUCGGGAUCACAGCAGCUAACACCUGGGGCCUGUUCCUCCUGGUGCUGCUGCUUGGGUAUGGUUUGGUGGAAAUCCCUCGCUCGUACUGGAAUGCUUCUCGUCACGGUCACUUACUUAUCAAGACGUACUUCAAGGCGUCCAAGCUGAUGACGGAGAAAGCAGACGCAGAGGAGAACCUGGAGGACGUGAUGGAGGAGGUGAGAAAGGUGAGUGAAUCCAUCAAGUAUAACCAUCCGCUGAGGAAGUACAUCGACACCAUCCUCAGAAAGUGCCCCGUGGAUUACCAGGAGAAGAUGGGCAGGAACAUGGACGACUACGAGGACUUUGAUGACAAACAGAACACCUAUCCGAGUGAGAAGAGUCUGGUGAAGCUCCAUAAACAGGUGAUCUACGCGGUUCAGAGACACAACAGGACUCGGGUCCAGUGGGAGAUCCUCCUGCAGCAGGCCAUCCAUCUGGAGGACGUCGCCAAGAACGAGACUAGCUCCACCCACCAGUUUGUCCACAGCUUCCCGUCGUCUGAGCCAGCCAGCUGGUUCAGCAGAUACGUUUACACGCCGACUGUAGAAUGGUACUGGGAGUGUCUCCUGAAGACCUGGUUUUACCGGCUGCUGUCCGUGGUCCUGACUCUGUUCAGCGUGGCGGUGGUUUGGUCUGAAUGCACCUUCUUCAGCACCCGGCCCGUCCUCUCUCUGUUCGCUGUGUUCAUCCAGCUGGCUGAACGAGACUACAACUACCUGUACAUCGAGAUGGCGUGCUUUGUCACUAUCUUCUUCCUGUGUACCUGUGUGUACUCCACUGUGUUCCGCAUCCGUGUUUUUAACUACUACUACCUGGCCUCCCAUCACCAGACCGACGCUUACAGCCUCCAGUUCAGUGGCAUGCUGUUCUGCCGUCUGACGCCUCCUCUGUGUCUGAACUUCCUGGGUUUGAUCCACAUGGACUCUGCCAUCUCCCACCAGCAGAAGGAGCAGACUGCGUACACCUCCAUCAUGGGAUCCAUGCGCGUCCUCUCUUUCAUCGCUAACGGCUUCUACAUCUACUACCCCAUGCUGAUCGUCAUCCUCUGCAUCGCCACGUACUUCAGCCUUGGGACUCGCUGCCUCAACCUCCUAGGCUUCCAGCAGUUUGUGGGUGACAGUGAGAUGACCUCUGACCUUAUCGACGAGGGCAAGGAGCUGAUCCGACGAGAGAAAAGGAAACGGCAAAGGGUAGAAGACGGAGAGAACAGACGCAGAGAAUGGAAGGAGCGUUACGGAAACUCGAGGGAUGACUACACGGCGAGGAACAGGAGCAGCCAUGAGAUGAAGGAGACCAGUUACUCAGACACCGUGACGCCCAGAGACAACAGACAAGCUAAAUACUCUCGCUCUGGAGGCCGGGCGGAGAGGGACUGCAUGGAGCUGCUGCAGGACGCUGAACCUUUAGACUUCAACGCUGAGUCUCUGACAGAUGACGCUCUGGACUCAGAGUCUGGGAGACAUGCAGGAGGACGAUAUCUGUCCAUGUCUUCGUCACGCAGCCGAAUAUUUGACGACGUCUGACGGGAAGAAGAAAGGUGAAGGGGAGCCAUAAACUGGAACACACAUUAAAGUUUGAAGGAAGUGAAUGUACCACAUGACCUCUGUUUCCCAGGAUGCACGGUAACUUAACUGCAGGUGGCCUGUGUCAGUGACGGUCUGUCCCCCUAAAUGAUCCAUAAUCCUGUCCAUGAAGGCUAAAGGAAUAUUGAAGCUAACCAUGUUACACUAACUGUCAUGGAGACACGUCUAAGACCCCUGCAUGUCAGGCAGGGGGCGCUCUAACCGUCUGAGCAUGCUCUAAAAGAGAGUCACACCCUGCUGCAUGUCGUCACUUUCAUCACAGGUCACAUGAAGGAAGGUCAUCUAUAUUUGUGAAUGUAUUUCUCAUUUUGUCAUGUUUGAAACACGAUCACUCUCAGCUUCACUUCAUCUACAGCUCACAGCAAGAGAACCCGAGUUGUCCGUCAUGUUAAAUCAAAACGACUGCUCGGGGACUCUCCCCGCUGACGCUCUUCUGCGGCGUUCACACGGGACACUCCGCCCCCUCAUCUCCUCAAACAGUCCGACUGAGUGUGAAGCCAUAAACGGUUUUAAGAGAAGUUCACUUCCUGCCCUGAUGGUUAGAAAAUGUUCCCUCUUGGCUUGUCACAAUACCAGAAUUUAAAACUGUGAUGAGAUUCUAGUAAAAAUCAAACAUUGAUACCUGUUACCACAGCAACACAAAUAGAAAUCUUAAGCCCUGUUCAGAGCGCCGUUUCCAGCCGCCAUAUAUACACGCCUGUGACGUUUCUUCUCCAAUCUAAAUGUUGUGGAGGCGUAAUGACAGUGCAGUGUCCCUGGGUUCAAUCUGACCCCUGACCCUCUCCAGCGUGUUGUCCUCCACUCUCUCUCUCUCACUUCCUGUUUCUCUCCUGCUGUCCGAUCUUAAAAAGACAAAAAGGCCAAAAAAUCUAACGUCAAACAAACAAACAAACAGACGUGGUAAAGAGAAGAAUUGUUGAUAACCUCGGCUGCUUCAGCGCCACAUAUUGGUCAAAGGAAUCCAGAUUUCUUCCCUCAGAAAUCUCGUCCACACACGUCCACACUUCAGGCUCCAAUAACUCCAAGUGUGAAGAGAAUACGACACGUUUCAACAUAAGCUCCGCCCACAGCGCAAGAGCAAACGUAUCACACGUUUAGAAGAACCGUGUUGGAAAUAUAAAAUAUAACGAAACCCGGCGCGGUCCAGAAAUAUGUUAAAGUAGUGAAAACCUCAAGGGGCGGGGCUUAAAUGAUCUUUUUCUUGUUCUUGUGAUAAUCCUUGGCUUCACCUUGCAGACCCUCUCACUUACAGUCUGUGGUAACAACAGGUAACACACAGGUCUGGCCCUUUAAAUGUGUUAGCAUGUAGCAUUAGCUCUGGGGCUGACGACGAGCUCCUGCUGGCAGGUUCAGUGACCACGUUCACAUCAUGCCGCCCUCGGUCCAUAUCAUGUCUGUGUAUAUAAUGUAUGAUAUCUUUUUGUAUGAGUUGGACUAAUUCAUGAUGCACAGAAGAAUUCACGUGACUUUGUAUUUAUUGUAUUUCCUGGUAACGGAGCGUCAUCAUCCUGCUGAUUCUGAUGUUUGAUUAUAUUUAUUCAUGACGCCGCAGGUGGAGCGUAGAUAUCACGAGUUCUUUACUGUCGUGACUUAUUUAGAGAAACAAUGAUGUAUGUUUUAAUCUGCUGCCAGUGUUGUGUCAAUAAAAGAGAUCCAAUGUCA